CGCCGUCGGUCAUUAUUUAUAACUAAACGAUUGUGCGUUUCUUCCUUAAUUACUAAACUUCGGCCAAAAUAUCCACCAUUCCGUUUGUUAUCAAUUUCGAAUACGAAUAAUUGCAGCGACUGCGGUUCCCUCUGGUUUCCCUCGAAAUCGCGUAAAUUCCAGAUUAGACUAGUGGUUACUGUAAACCCCAGUUAGGCUUUGUUGUCGCUUUAAAUUACAGACUGUCUUCCGUCCACGUUAAUCGGAAAAUGAAAAAAUAUAUAAAAUUUCGUAAGACAAAUCGGUUUUUAAUCCGUCGGUCGUCCAAUAAAAGAGCUUCUUCGUAAGACGGUUAGCCAUUGGUCGACGGUUCCCGGUAUCUUUACCGCGGAAAGAUUCGGCGCGCCUGCGCCGGGGUGGAACGGCGGGGAGGACGCCCGCCGUCGCCUCGGCUCGAAGGGCGCCGCCAUCGAUCCGGGCGGAUCUCCCGGGCUUUUCCCCUCCGCGACUACGGGCUGCGCCGGCGCCGAAGGUGACGUCACGAGAAAGCCGCGCGCGGAAGAAGAUCGGUAGGCGCCGACUAGUCGGUGUCGCUCCGGAUGCUCUCGGUGGCGUCGUCUACGGAUGCGACUUUCGUCUCCCGCGCAGAUACAAGUGACAAGUUCUUUUAGUACUGGAAUGGAUAACAAGAACAAGUUCUUUUGGGGAUGACUGAAUUGCCCGACAUGCACAAUCCUCCAAACAACAUGGAAAGUUCUACGGAACUUGAAAGUGGACAGUCCGUCAGUGAAAGUCUCAGUUCUCCGGCAUCUCUGGCAAUUAUGUGUGGUAGUAGCGAUAGAGAUGACUUUGGAGAAAGUAUGCUCUGCAUGAAAGAACCCAGUCGGGACCAGAGUCCAAAGACUCCGAGUCUGCCCACCUCCAGUCGACUCUCGGCCAGUAGUGUGGCCCAGUGUUCGGUUUUGAGUCCGAAUCUCUCCUAUUCGCUACCCGACCUUCCCCACCACACCGACGGUGACUCCUCUUCUCAUUCGGGCCGCUGGUUUGAUGGGCUUUGGAUCUGUCUUCGGCCUUUCUGGGACAUUAUUGGGAAAAAUUCUGUCAACAGAUCUAGACAGUCAGAUGACUGGGAGAUCCCAUUUGAAACAAUUCACAAUCUUCAGUGGGUGGGAAGUGGGGCACAGGGUGCCGUGUUUUUGGGCAGUCUGAAUAACGAGUUGGUGGCGGUGAAGAAGGUUCGAGAAAAGUCGGAGACCGACAUCAGGCAUCUUCGUCAACUGAAACAUCCAAACAUAGUGACUUUCAAAGGUGUUUGUACACAGCCACCUUGUUAUUGCAUUGUUAUGGAAUAUUGCCCUUAUGGACAACUGUACGAUAUUUUAAAAAGUGACAGAGAAAUCCCUCCUCUGACGGUUGUAGACUGGAGCAAACAGAUUGCAAGAGGGAUGGAAUAUUUGCAUUCCGAAAAAAUCAUUCACAGAGAUCUUAAAUCUCCUAAUGUUUUGAUAGGAGAAAAAGAUGUUCUUAAGAUAUCCGAUUUUGGAACCUGUCGACAGUGGAACGACAUUAGUACUCGAAUGAGUUUUGCCGGAACCGUUUCUUGGAUGGCACCGGAAAUCAUUCGUAACGAACCCUGUUCGGAAAAAGUGGAUGUUUGGUCCUACGGAGUUUUGUUAUGGGAACUCCUGACUUGUGAGACUCCUUACAAAAAUGUAGAUUCUUCAGCCAUUAUAUGGGGAGUGGGAAAUAACAGCCUGCAUCUUCCCGUUCCAUCAUCAUUUCCCGAAGGUUUUCAACUACUACUAAAGCAAUGCUGGAGUCAAAAACCAAGAAAUAGACCUUCAUUUCAUCACAUACUGUUUCAUUUAGAUAUGGCAGGAGAAGAAAUUAUAAAUCUUUCAGAAGACAGCUAUUUUAAGACUCAGAUUUCGUGGAGAAAAGAAAUCGGAGAUUACAUGAAAGAUUUCUGUCACACCGGCAGUCACAUGACCCUUCUGGAAGAGGACAUAACCGCGCGAAGACGAGAAGAACUGAGGCACGCGCAAGACAUCAGAGAACACUACGAAAAAAAAUUGGAGAAAGCGAAUAACUUAUAUAUGGAAUUAGCGGCGUGUUUGCUUCAGUUGGAAGAAAGAGAGAGAGAUCUCAUCAGACGAGAACAAAAUUUACAACUGGGAAUUAACAGGCCCCACGUGGCCAGGAUAGUUCAGCCUUUCCUGAGAGCCCACGAGAGGUUUAAUCGCAAGUCGGUACAAAAAGUUCCCGCCGAGCAAACGAGUUCAGAAAACGCGCGGAAGACUCGGUGGUUCCGACCGGAAGAGAAGACGGCCGACGACCCGGAAGCGGAAGCGGAGUCGGAACGCUACGUGGAAAGCCAGACCCAGACCGAGACUCGGCCCCUCUUUUCGGAGGGCGAAAACCGCAACCGGCGCAACGGCAACGCCCCGGACACCGACAGCAACCGGAACCGGCGGUCGGAGGAGGGGGAGGCGCCCGAGAAGACUUCCGGUCUGGAGGGAAGAAACUCGGCCGCCGACCACCAGGAAAACGUGGUAAUCGGCGGCGGCGGGGUCUUGCCCACCCACCCUCAGAAUUUCCUGCAAGAUUGCGGCAAACAGCGAGAAACGUAUUACAGAAACAAGAGGAAACUGGUCCAGAUCCAGAACAACAACGACGGCGACUGCGGCACCCACGCACCCAUCGAGGCCUCUUUCCGGCUGUCCUUCGACGCCGGCGCCCAUCGCCGAUCGCCCACCAAGUACCUGUGUCAGAUGGAGACCGGAAGCGAGGCGGGCGGCGAGGAGAGGAGGGUGAGUGGCCUUCCGGCGGCGGCGGCCGAAGGUAGACCGGCCUCUGACGUCCGUUCUUCUGCCCUUUUCCAGGUGGACAUCGAGACCCGAGUGUAGAGGCGGGCGGAAAGCCACUUUCUAGUCGUACAAACCACUAAAUUCGGUGCCUUGGAAAACAUUCGAAGGUUCCGGACGAGAAAUUCUCACCGCAACCCCACCGGUUUAUUUCCUUUCGUCUCCUCCCGUCGGUCGCGGUGGCCACGCGCCUAGUAACCGUACGUCUCAGGAAUUACUCUAGCAUCUUCUAGUCCGGCGUCGGGAAACUCGCCCUUUAUUUAUUUUAUUUACCUUUUACGUCGCCAGAGGAGAUUUUUUUCUCUUUUGUCGUUAAUAAAGUAUUUUUCUUUUUGGUCGUUUAUUUUAUUUUUUCUUGGCCCCGAAGGACGGAAGUAUCCCCUUUCGUCCUUCGUUUCCCGACGCUACUAGCCAAACGUAUUUCGUAGAAGAAAUAGAAGCGUAAUUUGGGAUCGUAAGUAUUUUUAUACGGAUUUCCACCCGAGUGGCCGGCGUUACCCCUUCUCCCGCCGUUUUUAAGAAUAUGCAAAGAGAAAAUGUGGCGGAGACGGGAGAAACCGACGACGGAGUGCCACGGUAGAAUCCGCACUCGAAAAGUACAGUACAUAUAAUUAUUUAUGGUUUCUUCGAAAAUAAAGAUUGUGUACCAGCAGA